UUAGUCCGUGUGUCCCCCAAUUCACUGUCCAGUAGCUCAUGCCAUUACAGUUCUUCUCUUUAGCUCAGAGCUCAAGCUCCGGGUCAUCUUACAAAGUAUACUGAGAGAAGAAAGGUGUUGGAAAGUCAGGAGCAUCACAUGCUUACUUCUUCCUUUGCUUGUGAGGCAUCUAUGUCGCACUGAUUUCGCCUCAAGAGUGCUUAUGAUCUCCAUCAAGCAGAAUCCAGAGCAGAUUGAGCAGUACUUAUGUUCCUAAAAACAAACUGAUUGAGCAACAUUCUGGAAGCAUGAAGUUCCUAGCUUUUGGGUUAGUUGUACUGGCGUACCUGCAAUCUUUUGCAGCUACUGACCUCCAACUCCAAGUCACAGCGCUACAUGAAAUCAGAAUGAUGCUCAUUGACAAUCGCGGUGCCCUGGGAGAUUGGAACGAGAAUCAACUCGAUCCGUGCGUUUAUAGUCAUAUUAUGUGCGAUCAAGACAACAACGUUUAUGCAAUAACUUUGAGCAAAGCAGGGUUAAGUGGAGUAAUGUCGCCCAGCAUUGGAAAGUUAACAAGUUUACGUCAACUGGCUUUUGAUGGUAACCUUAUACAUGGUGAAAUCCCGCAGGAGAUAGGCAACCUACCAAAGUUAAUGAUUCUGCAACUUGGAAAUAAUAUCUUAAAUGGUUCGAUACCUGAAUCAUUUGGAAAUCUUUCAGAACUUCAAAUUAUGGAUCUAAGCCAAAAUCGCUUAAGUGGCAACAUACCAAUCUCUUUGUUAAAGCUUCCAUCAUUGAAUGAUAUUAAUUUAGGAGGAAAUAGGUUAACUGGAAAAAUUCCUAACGUUUUUGGCCGUCUUCAAGGACUCCAAAAUUUGGAUCUAGACCGGAACGGAUUAAGCGGGGAAAUUCCGAAGUCUUUGUCAAGUCUUACAUUCUUAAAAGAUAUUGAUCUUUCAUACAAUAGUCUUAGUGGUGGAAUACCACUUCAGCUGUUUCAAGUGGCCAAAUACAACUUCGUUGGCAACCAUCUGAAUUGUAGCCAAAACUCAACUCCAUGCGAAGGAAGCAAUGGGAAGUCAGGGCAUAAGACCAAGCGAUGGAUAAUUUUCAUUGCCACAGCUGUUCCUCUAGUGGUAGCAUUUCUCUCCUUCAUGUUUUGCUUCAGGUGGAUCAGAAGGCACAGAACAGCUUUAAAUGCAGUUCAACUGAGUUUAUGGGAUAUAUCAAAGGUGAAUGAGCGCCAGGAUGAAGAGCUGGUUUGGGGAAUAGAAGGGAAAAAAUCAGGGUUCACUCUUUUCAGCUUAUCACAAUUAUUGGAGGCUACGAGUAACUUCUCAGACGAAAACAAACUUGGACAAGGUGGAUUUGGUCCUGUAUACAAGGGACAGUUUCCUGAUGGGUUGGAGGUAGCAGUUAAGCGACUUGCUUCCCAUUCUGGGCAAGGUUUCACAGAGUUCAAAAAUGAAAUCCAACUCAUAGCCAACCUGCAGCACAGAAAUCUGGUUAGGCUGUUGGGGUGUUGCUCUCAGGGAGAGGACAAAAUGCUAGUCUAUGAAUAUUUGCCAAAUAAAAGCUUGGAUUUCUUCAUCUUCGAUGAAGCAAGAAAAGCUUUACUAAACUGGAAUAAACGCCUGACAAUAAUCGAAGGAAUAGCACAAGGACUGCUGUAUUUGCAUAAACACUCUCGUUUACGUGUUAUACAUAGAGAUGUUAAAGCCAGCAACAUUCUCUUGGACUCUGGAAUGAAUCCUAAAAUUUCAGAUUUUGGGCUUGCAAAAUUGUCUAGCUCUGACGAUACUGAAGGGAACACAAAAAGGGUGGUUGGGACAUAUGGUUAUAUGGCCCCAGAGUAUGCUUCUGAAGGCCUCUUUUCAAUAAAAUCUGACGUGUUCAGCUUUGGCGUCCUAGUUCUCGAGAUCAUCGCUGGAAAAAAAAAUUCUGGUUUCCAUCUGCAUGGAGACUUUUUUAACCUUCUUGGAUAUGCAUGGCAGUCAUGGAAGGAAAAAAGAUGGCUCCAACUCGCUGAUGCAUCAUUAGUCACAGAUUGUUGUACAUUAGCGAUAAUGAGAUGCGUUAACAUUGCUCUGCUGUGUGUACAAGAGAACGCGGCUGAUAGGCCCACCACGUCAGAUGUCGUUGCUAUGCUAAGCAGUGAGAGUAUGAGCCUGCCCGAGCCUAAGCACCCUGCGUAUUUCCACGUGAGGGUGACAAAGGAAGAGGCGUCCCCAGGUGCUGAGCCAUGUAGCAUAAACGACGUGACUAUGACUACCCCGAGAGGUAGAUAGUAUUUUGGUUUUCUCCAGAUGAGGAACCUUGGUCGAGAUUUUAUUUGUAUGUAAAAACUCUGAGAUUUAGAGUUAACAAAACUUGCCUCCUGAAUGGCGUUCGCUUCUGCUAAAGUCAAGAAAGAGUACUCUAAAUUGCAAUGAGCUCUAUAUGCCAAAUCACCUAGUCAAUGAAAUCUGAGUCCCUGUAUUUUUAUUCAUCCUGUAUCUGUUUCCAUAUCAGUUGCAGAAACAUAAGCAGAAAAGUAGCAAAAUGACAAUGCUACUGAAUAUGUGACCCUUUAGCAAAGUUCCUUGUGUAUUAUCA